AGAGAGAAAGAGAGAAGGCAGAGAGUGUAGAGAGAGAAAGAGAGAAGCUUGGAGAUAGAGAGAGAGAUAGACAGAGACGAGGAAGGAGGGAGAGGGGAGAGAGAGAGAGCAGUAUCCGUUAAUUUCAGUUAAAAAGGGAAAACUGAAAAGCAGGAAAAAUGGUUACAGACCAGGAAAUAUCUCAAGCCGUACAAUCCCUCUUCAGGGAUGCAAACCCUAGAAGAAGCUUCUCCACCUUGUACGAAGUUGUACAGGAGCUUCAGGCCAAGCUCGGCCACGAUCUCACCCACAAGCUCGACUUCAUCACUGAACAAAUCAACCUUCUUUCCAGAUCUUACCCACCGCGCCCGCAGCCGCCGCCGCCACCGCAGCAGGCAAGGCCCUUACUACAGCAACAACGUCCUCAACUCGUAUUUCCCCCUUCGAAGGACAACAUCGUUUUUUCUCAAAACCCUAACUUUCAGACCGCUCCUCCUGCUCCAGUAACUUCUGCAUUCCAGAGCUUCGCCUCCCACCCUGAACCGGUUAAACCCGAAGCUGCUGAUGGAACUGGUCGCGAACCUCCCUGUAAUUUGGGCACCGAGGCCCCCAAGGAGAGUACGCAAACUAAAACAAAGAGAAGAGGUGGUCCGGGAGGUCUCAACAAACUUUGUGGCGUUUCCCCUGAACUGCAGGUUAUUGUUGGCCAGCCAGCAUUACCAAGGACUGAGAUUGUGAAGCAACUGUGGGCUUACAUAAGGAAAAACAAUCUCCAAGACCCUAGCAACAAAAGGAAAAUUAUUUGCAAUGAUGAGUUGCGUGUGGUGUUUGAGACAGAUUGUACUGACAUGUUUAAGAUGAACAAGUUGCUAGCUAAACACAUCAUCCCCCUGGAACCAACAAAACAGCCAGUUCGAAAGAAGCAGAAGGCAGAUGCGGAGUCAGGAACACAAAGUGCUGACUCUGCUCCACUCUCUGUAAUUAUAUCAGAUACACUUGCUAACUUUUUUGGCACUACUGGAAGGGAAAUGCUUCAGUCUGAGGUUUUGCGACGUAUUUGGGAGUAUAUAAAGGUCAAUCAGCUAGAGGAUCCGCGGAAUCCAAUGACAAUAAUAUGUGAUGCAAAGCUUCGGGAGAUCUUUGGCUGUGAGAGCAUCACAGCAUUGGGGAUACCAGAAGUGUUGGGUCGUCAUCAUAUAUUCAGAAGAUCAUGAAGCGGAUAAAAUUAUAUGUCGCAAAUUAUUUGCUGUUAAUUCCAGUACAGUACUUUCUGGGAACAUGUUGAUAUGGCUUAUGUAAUCUGACCAGUUAGAUCUUAGCGUUCUUAUCAUAGUGACGACUUUUAUUUUGAUUAUGGCUUUGUCACUAGGCUAUGCUGCUCCUGGCUUUUCUAACUUGUCAGUUAGGUUAGAAUGAUUUAUGGCUAUUUCUGACACCUGUAAAAUGCUGACUGUAGAUGAGAAAAUGAUGUAAAGGGUGAUCAUAUCCUCCUCUAAACAUAACUUUGUGUUAAUCUUAUGGUGAUGUAAUGAAGCCUGCCAGAUACUUUGUAGUUU